GAAUGUCAAAAUCCCCUGUGCCAAAGAAACGGCCAGUGCGUCCAAAGCAUAAACACUUACUUUUGUUUCUGUCAAUCUGGCUAUGCGGGGAAGAACUGCGAAUCAAAUUCGGACAAUGAAUGUUUAUCAAAUCCUUGCCAAAACCAAGGAACUUGUGUUGAUCUGAUUAAUGGAUACCGAUGUACUUGCUCCGAUGUUAGCACCGGAUCCAACUGCGAACGAACGGAAACAAAUUGCCAAAAUAGUCAAUGUCAAAACGGCGGUAUUUGCAUGGCUUCGAGGAAAGAAGCUAUUUGCCGUUGCUAUGGAAACUUCGGUGGAGCUUAUUGUGAUAAA